GAUGAAGACAGCUGGCGGUAAAUCUACGUAUACGGUGUUUGCGUGUGUGUAUUACUACGUCUAAGUUCUUUUACUACUGAGGGAUCAUGGCGUACGACGCAGAUACUACCAACACCACGCACAUAUCAGAGGGUGGACUUCAGGUCUACCUGAGGAAUCACCAGCACGUGAUGACCCUACUGAAAGACGUUGGCGACGACUGUGACGGUGGUACUAGAUGGGCGUGGUCUGUGCUGGGGGACUGUUUCGUCCGCACGGAGCAGAUCGCUGGUUUUUACUGCGGCUUGCUGGCAGUGCCACUCUGGUGUUCUGCGCAUGUCUUGGUUUAUUUAACGUCCAUGAAGACGACGGAGUCCACGCGAUCAUUUAAAACUACAAUGUUUCCUCACCUGUUGGCUGACCUAUUCAACGUGUGUGGUGCUCUGAUGUCUUACCAGUUUUCAUCGCAGAUUGUGUUUGCGUUCAGUGUACUGAUAGUAAAUUGCGCUAUCUGCAUCCACCGCCUGUUUAACACACCAGCCAGCUCACAGAGAGUCCCUUCCACAUGUGACACGUUUGAACGUAAGUAA